GUUCCGCCGCCACGACAAUGACGUUGCUGCUGUUCUGGUCACGUGACACCAACAUGGCUGCGCGCAUGUGAAAGUCAUGCUACACUUCAUCGGAAUUACUAUUCAUGGAUUUUAAAUCACCAUUUAUAAGGAACCGGUAUCGAGUAAGCUACUAUUAGCGUCUGCAGAUAUUUUAACUUAUAUACACACUGUAGCGUAUAUGGUUAUGGACCCCGACGGACAACUACGGAAUCUUCGCGACUUCCUCUUGGUUUAUAAUCGAAUGACCGAAAUUUGCUUCCAGCGAUGCACGAACAAUUUCAACUACAGAAAUCUCACAAUGGAUGAAGAGCAUUGUGUGGACAGCUGUGCUGGCAAACUAAUCCGUUCCAACCAUCGCCUCAUGGGCACAUAUGUAAAGUUGAUGCCAGCUAUGGUCCAACGCCGAAUGGAGGAGAUGGAAAGCAAAGCUGCAGAAGCCGUAAAGGCAGCCGAAGCAGUAGGCCCAGUGGAGCGUCUCGUUGGAGGUUUAAAUUCAUCAGAUGCCCCAUCCACCCUCAUAACAUCUACUCUUGCCACACCUUCACCAGAUGUGCCGACACCCACAUAUGCUGCAGAACAGGCAGAGAUGGUAGCUACCCAUGGCAUAAUUCAAUCUGUACCAUCACCGUCUACAAAUGAGGCAUUGGUUUCACCCGUAACAUUCCCAGUUGUUACAGAAAGUGCACACACACAUUCAGCUGAGUCCCCAGUAUUAGUCCCAUCCCAUCCAAGCAAUCAUCCUUAGAAGUGACCUCUUCACUUUUAGAGGGACUUAAGGUAUCUACCUCUCCUGACUCCCUCUCAAGUGCUAUGACAGGCAUCCCUUUAAGAAAUGAAGAUGUAAACCAUAUUGGUGUAGUGAACAGCAGCAUGUCACCACCAGCCCCAGCACAUCAGUCUACUAGGGGAGAAGGACCACCAUCUUAAUGGUGGAUUAUUAAUAAACAGGGACACGUUUCAUUGCUCAGAACUGUUAUCCGGAAGCAUGAACCGAGUAGAAUAAUGAGUAUGAAAACUACUUGAAGGUGAAAAAGUGUGACUUUCAUUAAUACUGUCUUGAGAGACAUGGAUAUUUCCAAUUCCUAAUGAUAGCAGGCACAGUGGUAACAAAAUAUGUCAUUGUUUGGAUGCUGGUGUUUUUCGGUUCACUUCUGAUGUUGGGAAGUAUAUGUGACCAUGUGGCUGAGAAGGCAUGCAACCAGAAAAAAAUUAUGUGUAAUGGUGUUUAGAAUGGUGGAAAAACUUCACAUUUUAACAAAAAAUAAAAUAUGUAAUUAUGAAAAGGGUAUUUGGAAGUAUUUUUGAAUAUGCGUGGAAUAUGAUAUAAUUUCAGGUUGUUAUUACACUCUUACGUUAUUGUAUUAUAUUUUCUGAAUAACUGUAUUUUGAAUUAGUCUUAGGGUUUUCUCUAAAUUUCUCUCACUUGAGAUGUGCUACUGGGACCACACCUUUCAUAGUAGUAUUUUAUUUAUUUAAUUCAUACUCACAAUGAAUGUGUUACAUAAUAAGGUACUGUACUGCAAGGUGAUAAAAUUCUUUAAAGAUACAAUCACUGAUACAAGUAUGUUCCCUUUCACUCUCAGACUGCACAAGUGCCCUGUUAGAUAUUGUGUAUAAUAAUCAUAUUUUAUAAUGGCUCUGGGUAGUUAAAGAAUUAAUGCCUGGGGUGCAGUCAUGAGCCUUGCACAACUAUUAUCCAAUAUCUGAUAGAGAAAUUUGGUUCAGUCUCAAUAAACAGGAAUAUACACCAAUCAGCCGUAACACUAAAACUACCUGCCUAAUAUUAUGUAGUUCCCCCUUGUGCCACCAAAACAGCUCUGAUUUGUCGAGGCAUGGACGCCACAAAACCUCUGAAGGUGUGCUGUGGCAUCUGGCACCAACACUUUGGCAGCAGAUCCUUUAAUUCUUGUAAGUUGCGAGGUGGGUCUCCAUGCAUCUGACUUGUUUAUCCAGCACAUCCCACAGAUGCUCGAUUGGAUUGUGAUCUGGGGAAUUUGGGGACCAAGUCAAUACCUUGAACUCUUUGUCAUUUUCCUCAAUCCAUUCCUGAAC